AUGAGCAAUAGGAGAUCUGAUGUGGCGAUUCAGAACCAAGAAACUUGGCCUGAACAUGGUCACAGCCAAGGAGGGAUACAGCGCACAUACCGCUGUUACUGCUCGCCAAACAUUCCUCUGGACGAGUUUAUGAGCUACGUAGAUGAGUUCGUAGACGCCACAAGAACAAGCGGAUACGCGUAUGUAAUAUUAGGGGAUCUGAAUGCAAAAUCACCACAAUGGGGAUCACCGAACACUGAUCGAAGAGGGCACUAUCGCAGCAGGCUAAUUGCGGAAGUUGACCUCGUCGUCCUAAACCCUAGAGCCGGACCAACUUUCUCUAUAGGAUGUGCAGAGCCCUUCAUAGACGUCACGCUGGCUACGCAAAGACUUGGCAGAAGCGUGGAAAAGUUUCAUUUCAAAGACUAUCACCAAGCGAAUAAGCCGGCAGAUUGGGACAUUGACAGUGGAUAUAACUUUGACGCCAAUAUGACUAGGAGAUCAUUUUUAAAUCACCCAAAUAAUGCAUACGUGACGGGAUAUGAGAACGGCUUACACAUUACGUUUAAACAAUUAGCAAGUGAACUGGACUACUUGUGCCCACAAAAUUUACAAGGUUUCAGAGUGCCGCUAGAGUCAGGAAAGUAUGCAUGUCCUAAACACGCCGCCAGCAUCAUCUAA